AUGGUGGAGCUUGGACAUCAAUUACACACAAUUCAGCAUGUGGGCCGCAGCUUGCAUGGGCCUAAGCCCCAGCUUUGGGCCGAUUACACAAGUCGAACCUGGUUCGAACGUGAACUGGACCUCCUGAACACAUUCGGUGAUGUUUGGUCCAGGACAACGUCAAUAAGCUAUUCAGAACACACUCAGGACCCGGGAGAGAUGCACCUCAGUGGAGUUGUCAUUACUGAUCUCACUCUUGGUCUCCGACAGAUCCCCACUGACUUCCAUGCAAUUGUCAAGGCUGACAGCACUGAAUACCAGACAAUGUCACAGUCUACUGCAACAUCAACAAGAGCCCCCGCUCUGCUAGACUCCCGACGCAGCGGCACGCCGCCAGAACUUAGAACAACAGCAGUCCAGACCGCUGGGACACCGCCCCUGGCCUAG